CAACCCGCGCGCGCCACCACACGCGACCACUGCUUGUUUACAUGCGAAGUAGCCGGUGAUAUCGUCCGAUCCUAUUGGCAGCUGACUGGCGGUUUUGGCAUGGUGAUAGGCAAGGCGAGGUCGAGCAAGGCGGAGGGGGCGCGGUGCAGGCGGCACCCGCGGCAGCGGCAGGGCGCGGGCGUCUGCGCGUCCUGCCUGCGGGAGCGCCUGUCCCACCUGUCCCUCUCGGCGUCGCUGCCGUCCGUCCUGCGCGGCGAGGAGGAGGAGGAGGCGUCGUCCUGCUCGGAGGUGUCCACGGCGUACUCCUCCGAGGGCUCCAGCGGCGCGUCGUCGUCUGCGGCGUCGGAGUGCGCCAGCCCGGCCGCGCCGGGGUUCCACAACGAGAUGAGGCGCGCGGCCCGGGUGUCGCUGUUGAUGAGGCACGAACGGGUCGUGGGGGACGCCGACGCGGUGGCGGUGUUCCUGCAAGCGAGGAGGGAACAGAGGAGUAGGACGGCUACGAGCUUCUGGGCGAAGCUGCUGCACGCGACGUGGGGAGGAGGGAGGAAGCAGCGGGGGUGCUCGCUGGCUCACUCCAAGACGCUCGAGGAGAGGGGAGCCGCUGCCAAGUGGGUCCUCUUCUGAUCAGGCCAUCUGGCCAAUUGGUCAUGCAUGCACGCUGAUUUUUGUGGCUGUGGCUGUGUUGUUCUGAUUUGCUCAAAUUUUUUGUUCAUUUGGUGCA